ACAUCAUUUUCACAUAAUGCUGUCUAUGUAACUCGAUCUUCCAGUCAUUCGACUAACAUAGGACCUGGUCUCUAGGUCCUAUCCGAUGUGAUACAGGACGUGAUCGAAUCCUCGACUAAAGGAUGUGAUCACGUUUCAUGUUGCACAGCUUAAAUGGAUAGUUGGAUGGUCAACUUUACCACAGUCGAGUAAGCUCUUUAAGUGUAAAGCUGUAUUUGUCGGAUACGGACUGAUGUUCAUCACGCACAGCCAUGCUGGUUACCAGCUUAGAAAUGUCCACAUGGGUUUUUGAGAAGAGGCGCGUGCUGUUAACAGAAGAGAAGGUGAACAUCUGUCCUGAAGGUUGUGGAGAGAGCGUCGCUUCAACUCCGACACAAUGAAGCUUUCGGAGUUCCACAAAGCUGCAGUAGUGGCUCUCAUCACUUUCUGUACACGCGUAAAAUCCAUCCCUUUAGAAUGUGAUCCCGAGUACCUGUGGCAUCAGGAGGAGGAGAAAUGCAACAAUCUCAUUCACCAAGACAACAUUACACACACUAACUCUACAGGCUGCAGUGCAUUAUGGGACGAUGUGAACUGUUGGCCUCGUGCGGAGGUUGGAGCUGUGAUCUCUCAGCAGUGCCCCAAGUUGCUCAGGGUCAAAGGAAAUGUAAGGAGAAACUGUACAGAGAACGGGUGGUCCGAUCCUUUCCCACCGUACAUACUGGCCUGCGGAUCCAUCAAUGGGGUAGUGCACCAACCCUCAGACAUGCUGCCAUCACCUAAGUACUUCAUGGGGGUAAAGAUCAUGUACUCAGUGGGCUACAGCAUCUCAGUGAUUUCGCUCGCCAUUGCUUUCAUGCUGCUGUGUGUGUUCAGAAAGCUCCAUUGCACUCGGAAUUUCAUUCACAUGCAGCUAUUUCUCUCCUUCAUUUUGCGGGCUGUUUUCAUUUUCAUCCGAGAUGCAGCUUUGCACAAGUCACAGGAUUAUUACCACUGUGAAUAUCACCCGAUUGGCUGUAAGGUUGCACUGAUUUUCUCUAACUAUGGAAUACUGGCUAACUACAGCUGGCUGCUGGUUGAGGGUCAUUACCUGCACAGCCUCAUCCAUCUUUCCCUACAUUCCCCAAGAAAACGCCUGCACUGGUACAUCAGCUUUGGCUGGGGCAUGCCUGUGCUCAUCAUCAUCGUGUGGAGUGUGGCCAAAUAUCUGCAGGAGGAUGAAGGGUGUUGGGAGACAAGAAGCAGAGGCUGGAUCUGGUGGAUUUUGAGAGUUCCUGUAAUCCUGUUCAUUACUACGAACCUCCUGUUUUUCCUGAGAAUCAUUCAAACCAUAGUAAGCAAGAUGAGAGCUCCGGACACGAUUGGAAAUGAGUUUAAACAGCACAAGAAGCUGGCCAAGUCCACACUGCUGCUCGUGUCACUGUUUGGUGUGCAGUAUGCCCUCUUCGCUUUUUUCCCUGAUGGAGUCAGCACCCUCACUUUCCAGAUCUGGAACGCCAUCGAGCUCUCCCUGGCCUCCACACAGGGCUUCAUAGUAGCGCUUCUAUACUGCUUCCUGAAUGGAGAGGUUCAGCAUGAAAUAACACGGCACUGGAGACGGUGGCGUCUAAAGCAGCGUGUCCAUGGAGACGCCAGAUUGCAUCAUGGCUCCCUAAGCCAAAGUGGUCUACCGCUCACACAGAUCUUACUCUUAGCCAGAGUUAAUAACAUAUCCUAAUAAACACACAGCUCACCAUAACACGGUUAAACACGAUAAAAUGUUAUACCCAAAUCUACUGUAAAGAAAAAAUGAGCUCUUACUAAUUACAAACAUGACCAAACAACUCAAACUAUAAACAUUAACAGUGAUCUACAUUAACAGUCUCAGUGUAUUUUGACUGCUAGAUGCACUAUGGCUGAAAGAAGAAUGUUUGUCUCGUGUGCGCACACACACACACACAGUUUCCGUUGCCAGGUUUCAGUCCCAUUAAUCUGCUGUUAAUAGAAUCAUAGUUGACUUUGUAAUAAAGCAUUUUACCAAUCUACUUAAAACACUGCAAGAUAAGAAAAAUGUUCUAUGCUAUAUUUAUACAGUAUGACACCAUAAAGUGGCUUUAAAGCUACAAACAGCAGACUCUAAAUAAAUGGCAGAAUAUUCAUUUUUCUUAUAUUAUGUUUGUUAUCUGAUGUUAUAAAUUAACACUGUUUGUGCAAACAGCACCAAAUCCUUCGAGACAUGUUUUAAAAAAUGAUCUUCACUAACCUGAACACUUCAUACAAUAUAUUAUUUAAAUGAUCUAGGACCAUGUUCAGCGGACAUUGUUUACUAUACUUUUAGUUAUAUAUUCCUAGCCAGGGGCUUGUUUACAAAAGUGAAAAAUCACCCCUCCAGUUUCAAUACCAUUUAGCUUGUUGUGUCUAUGGUAUGGAAAAAAACAGGUUAUAAAGCACUGAAGGUGAUAUUAAUAAUACUGUUGCUACAUGUUCUUUGUCGUCACUUGCUAUAUAGGGUAAUGAUGUAGUUUUUGCUGCUGCUUAGUAUAA